GAUUUUAUGAUAUAUUUGUUUUUUUCAUUAGAUUGACUAUGAAUGAAAUCAUUAUGGCGGUUGAAAUAAUCCCUAAACAUUUCAAUUGUGUAUAUGUAUAAUUUUUAAUUUCAAAUGAAUUUUUAAUAUUAAAAUUAUUUAUUAUAUUUUACUUGUCAAAUACUCUUAGAAGUUAUGAAAAUGUCUUAUAAAUUUUUGAAGAAUUAUUUUAAUUAAAUAUACAUAAAUAGUAUAAUUAUAUAUACAUUAUUUAUACAAAUUUAAAAAUUUUUUUUUGUUUUAUUAAAAUUAAAUAAACUAUUCUAACCAAUAGAAAAUAAAAUAAAAUGCAGAAGAUAAAAAAAACAAAAGUGAAUCAAGCUAUUGAAAUACUUUGGUUAAAUAAAAAAGAUGGAUUGAAAAAAAAGAUAAAAAUGGAAAAGAUAAAAAAAUUACAGAAUAUCGAUACUCAAUGUAAAAUCAUACAUUAUUAUAAAAAGAGUGAAAGACAAUAUCCAAUAAGUUUUUCAAGACACAGAAUUCUCUCUGAAAUAAAAUCAUAUAUUAAUAAAAAAGAUUGGAAUAAAGCUAAAAAUUUAUUUUUAUUAUUACUUGAAUCUUCAAGUAAUAUUGAACCAUUAAUAUGGCGUUAUAGUUUUAUACUUACAUUAUAUAAUAAUAUUGAUAAUUUAUCUAAUAUUUUUCAAUUUUUUAAUAUGUGUAUUGGUAGUCUACAUUCCGAUAAAAAUGUGAUAUUAAAAAAUAUAUUGUUAUUACAACAUAAAUAACAUUUCUUCUUAUAUGAAAUAAAAUGUUUUAUUGAAA